AAUGUUGCCUAAACUGGGAUUCUUUAAUUCUUGACGUCCGAGGAGAAAAUCACUAAUGUUGGCUACCCCUUCUCUUUUUGAUUCGCUGGUCCAAUAAUAAAUAAUGAAAUGUCUACCAAACGUCUUGACGAGUAAGUAGAAAGGGUAGUUGCUGUUGGUGAUUUUCCCCUUAGACGAUAAGGAUGAACGAACUCGAUCGUAUGUGUUACAUUUAAAACAUGAUUUUUAAAUUAAAAAAAUGUAAAUACCUGUAAUUUAUUAAUUCGGAUAAAUUAAAUAAGUACUUAAAAAUGGAAUAAGUAAAUCACAAACUAUAAAUUGUCGAAUUUAAGUAUACCUUACUUUAAGUUCGUGUCAAAUGUAAAUAUUGAUAUGUAAUAUCGAGUAAAAGAAAGCAGUAUUAUUUUUGUUAAACGGAUUAUAUUUUUGUUAAUAUUAAAGUGUAUUGAGUCAUUCGAAGGUAUAUAUAUAUAUAUAGUUUGCUUGUGUUUACUUGGUGUAAUAUCGCUUCCUUAUCGUUGAAAUCGAGUGAAAUCAUCAUAAGAUAACCUAUUUACAUUUUUUAUUUUGCUCGCUACCCAAGUGUGUAGUUUGUUAUCGACAUGUCCAAAUAAUAUUUGCGAAUACGAUAAAAUAACGAUUAUGUAAGGUAAACUAUCUGUUAUAUAUUGUGAACAUUUAAACCAGUAAUUUGUGUAAAAUUUGACAUUAUGUCCGAAGAAGCAAGUCUGCCUGCUGUUGUUAAAAAAAAUCGACGCAAAUCGCGUAAAAAACCUGAUACUAAAAUUAGUAAAAAUGAGAAUAAUGUAAUGCCACAGUGUACUAAUGAAAUUGUUAAAAAUGAAGCAAAAGAACAGAGGUUCUCCAUAAAAUCCAAUGAUAAGAAAAUUCCAAAAGCUUUAAGAAAACAGGAAACAUUUCCAGAUCAUAUUCCUAUAAAACAAAUUGAUAAACUAUUAAACAAUGAAACUCCAACAAAUGUAGAGUAUGUAGAAGGAUAUCUACGCAUUAAUCCUAAGUAUUAUAAGCAUGCAUACUUAUCUCUACCCAAUGAGAAACGUGAUUUAUUGAUUAUUGGUUUGAGAGACCGAAAUCGAGCCUUAGAUGGAGACCAUGUUGUAGCUUGUAUAAAUCCUUUGGAAAAUUGGCAAAUAGAUUCAGAUGGACAACAACGAAAAACAGGUUUCAUUGUUUGCAUACGAGAAAAAGUACAUCCAAGAUUGACAAUUGGGCAUUUAAAACAACAGGGCUCAUCUAUAUGUUUCUAUCCUAGAGAUAAACGGGUACCCUUACUUAGAAUAUAUCCAGAAUCACUACCGAAACAGUUUAAUACACAUGAUUUACAAAAUAAAUUAUUCUUAGCUGCUAUAAUUAGUUGGGUGAAACCUCUAUUUGCAAUCGGGAAAAUUGUAAAGAUAGUUGGGACUGCAGGUGAUAUAUCCACAGAGUCAAAUGCAAUAUUACUUGAACAUAAUUUAGAUGUGACACCUUAUAGUCAGGAAGUAAUAAAAGGUCUUCCAGACAGCGAUUACGUAUUAACAGAAAAUGACAUAAAAGAUAGAGAGGAUUGGAGACAUGAAUGUGUGUUUACUAUUGACCCCGAUACUGCUGUUGAUUUAGAUGAUGCAGUUUCUUGUAAACUUUUGGACAAUGGAAACUAUGAAAUUGGUGUACAUAUAUCUGAUGUUACUCACUAUUUAGAAUUUUUAUCUCUGUUAGAUAUUCUAGUCGCAAAAAGAGCAACAACUGUUUACAUGACCGACAAUGUGUAUCAUAUGUUACCAAAACAGCUAUGCCAAGUAUGUUCUUUACUACCUGGUCAAGAUAAGCUGGCAUUUUCUGUUAUUUAUGAAAUUACACCAGACGCAAAGAUCGUCAGUCAUCGUUUUGCUAAAACUGUAAUUAGAUCGUGUUGUCAAAUGGCUUAUCAACAUGCUCAGAAAUUUAUUGAAAAUCCCGGAAAUAAUUGGCCUGGUGACUUUUUAAAUAUAAUUGGGAACUUUAAUUCUAAUGAUUUGUCAGUAAAAGUAAAUAUUUUACACGAUUUAGCUAUUCAGAUGCGUAAUGAAAGAUUUGCAAACGGUGCAUUACGAAUAGAUCAACCAAAAUUCCAUGUUAUAAUUGAUAAAAUUACUAAUUUACCAAAAUCUUACUAUAUAGAAGAACAAAAAGAUAGUAACAGACUUAUAGAAGAGUUUAUGUUACUAGCUAAUACGACGGUUGCCAUUCAUUUGUAUAAUACUAUUCCUAAAACUGCUUUACUGCGUAAUCAUAGAGAACCGUCGAAAUAUCUUCUGAACUCGGUCAAAAACAUUUUACAAAAAUUUGGAAUUCAUUUAAAUAUUGAAUCAUCUGCAUCUUUACAUACUAGUAUUACACGUUACGAGCAAGAAUUGAUGGAAUCUGACUGUAUCGAAACUAAAACUAUAAUGAAAUGUACAACAAUGAUUAUCAACAAUCUUUGUUCCAAAGCUAUGAAUCGGGCAACCUAUACAUGUUCUUCCACUGUUCUAACGGAAGAGGAAUUAAAACAUUACGCUUUAAAUGUACCGUUUUAUACGCAUUUUACUUCUCCAAUUAGACGAUACGCCGAUUGUAUGGUACAUCGAUUACUUUAUUCGACCAUAAGAAAUGAGGCACUACCCGAACAAUGGUCAGAAAAGCUAUGCAUGAAUAUAGCGGCAAAUUGCAAUUUAAAAAAGUACAAUGCGAAAGUAGCUCAAGAAGAGAGUAGUAAGUUGUACUUUGCAUAUUUAGUAAAUUUAACUGGGCCACAUGUUACUAUGGGUAUUGUAUUACAUGUACAAGAACAAAGUAUAGACGUUAUACUCUGCCAAGUAGGUAUAAAAUUACGAGUUUACUUCAUGGAAUUAGAAAAUUUGAAAAGUUUUAAGUAUUCCACAGAAUGUUCAGUUCCGACAAUAAGUAUUACUUGGAAGCAACCUGCCAUUACUCAAGUAAUCACUGUUUUUACUUUAUUAUAUUUGAGGAUUGAAACAGAUCCUACAUUAUUAAAGCUUACAGGUGUUCUUUUACCACCAAAUCAAGAAGCAAAAUUAUAAUAAUAACAACAUGUUUAUGUUGUACAUUAUAUUUGGAAAAGCUAUUGCAAACAUAUUUUUAAUUCUAUACUCGAGACAUUUUUAUAGACAAGA